AUGCCCCCAAAGGCCAGUGCAACUCGCAAGCACACGAAGAUCACGAAAAAGUGUCCCUCGCGCAAGAAUGCGAAGGCAAUAAAAAAACCAGGGAAAAAUUUGGGUUUAAACCCGUCUUUGAAUUCAGAUGCAAGCCAGAUCGGUGUCCGUGUCGAACAACCUCAAGGUCUGGCAUCAUACCAGCAACUAAUUUCGUUAAUCGAAUCCGAAGGCAUGGACGAGGAUGAGGACGAUGAGGAUGAGGACGAUGAGAUGGAGGAGGAAGAUGAUAUGGAGGAAGUCGAUAUGGAGGAAGCCGAUGAACAUCUCGCACAACCAGGUCCGUCACACGACUACUACUCAUCGUCCAUGCAGCCAGCUCCACCGCCGGACUCCCGGCAGCUCCCUCGACAACAUCUUGGGCAACCAGGCCCGUCGCAUGACUACCACCCACCGUUCAUGCAGCCAGCUCCACCGCCGGACCCCCGGCAGAUCCCUCGACAACAUCUUGGGCAACCAGGCCCGUCGCACGACUACCACCCACCAUUCAUGCAGCCAGCUCCACCGCCAGACCCCCGGCAGAUCCCUCGACAACAUCUUGGGCAACCAGGCCCGUCGCAUGACUACCGCCCACCGUUCAUGCAGCCAGCUCCACCUCCGGACCCCCGGCAGAUCCCUCGGCAACAUCUUGGGCAACCAGGCCCGUCGCACGACUACCGCCCACCAUUCAUGCAGCCAGCUCCACCUCCGGACCCCCGGCAGCUCCCUCGGCAACAUCUUGGGCAACCAGGCCCGUCGCACGACUACCGCCCACCGUUCAUGCAGCCAGCUCCACCACCGGACCCCCGGCAGAUCCCUCGACAACAUCUUGGGCAACCAGGCCCGUCGCACGACUACUGCCCACCGUUCAUGCAGCCAGCUCCACCGCCGGACUCCCGGCAGCUCCAACAGCAACCAGCCCCUCAUGCUCACACUUACGGGCUCCCACAGAUGCCAUUCGCACCACUGGAACUCGUGUCUCGUGAGGCACAUCAAUUUGAUGUGCCCACACCGACAACCUUCAGGAAUAUCGGACACAUGCAAGAGCCGCAGAGGGAGGAAGAACGGACACGUUAUCUGGGACACUUACCCAUCGACCUGCCCGGAAUUCGGAAGGUAUUCGUAUAUGAUCCUCGCCGCCCACCCGAAGGCCACCGGGGACAACUGUUCCCAACCGGAGUUAUCAGAGCUACAGGAGACAUCACUGUUACUGCACCACUCCCGUCUCGCAGAGAGCUGCCUCCGGUGUCUACUCCUCCCUCGCCUAUCACUAAUUUGCCUGUGGCUGGCUCCAGGCCUGUGGCCAACAGUCCUGCACGCUCCCAUCCCUAUGCUCCCCAACGUCCGACUAAUGAGCAGUUCAAGAAAUUGAUGGAAGCCGUGAAGUCUAAUAUGCACCGCAAGGUGUUACUAGAGAACGCUAUGCCCAAAACGGGCGUCAACACGGCGAUGGCGGAGGCAGCGCUGUCGGCAGCUCGCCAGGACUUCAUGCCUGACGCGGAGGUUCCCAACUACGAAACCUGUCUUAAGAGCCUCCGAACCCUCACAACGACCAUAUGA